AACUGGUUUUGCUGGGUCACUUUGAACCCCGGCCAACAUGCUGCUGAGGAGCUGCUGCACCGUCUGGAUCCUGCUCUUAGGCCCCGCUGCAGCUGCAGUGUUUGUAGAGAAGGACGAGGCCGACAGAGUGCUGCAGAGACGGCGGCGAGCGAACAGCGGCUUCCUGGAAGAGUUAAGACAAGGAAACCUGGAGAGGGAAUGCAUCGAGGAGAUCUGCAACUACGAGGAGGCUCGAGAAGUCUUCGAGGACGACGACAAGACGAGGAAGUUCUGGCUGACGUACGACCGGCGUGACCCCUGCCUGGUCAACCCAUGUCACAACAACGGGACAUGCGUCUACGUGGCGACUAACUACGAGUGUCAGUGUCCUGAGGGAUUUGAAGGACGAUACUGUCAGACAGAUCAUGGUGAAGUUUCCAGUUUUUCUGAAGUGUUAGCAGCUGGGAGCUCUGACCGAUCCACGACACAGGAAGCGACCGAGGGGAUAAACAGGAUGUGAGGUCGAGGAGCAGGACUCAAAACAAACAUCUGUUUUACUUUUUCCACAAUCUUUUUGUGCAGUCUUGAUAUUUUUAAAAUCUGUUUGUGAAAAUGGUCGUUUCCAUGUCUGUACAGAAAU